AUGUACAAGAGACAUGCGUGCCAUUUGCUUAGAGCACAAAGCCACCUAGGCGUGGUAGCCAUGUUUAUAUGCUUGUGCGAGCUAAACACUACUGAGGAUUUGUACCGUGCAAUGGCUAGAGGGUCUGGCGCAGAGGCCUCUUUUUUUGAGAUAGGCCAAAGCUUGGCGCGCAUGCUAGAUGGAAGAAACUGUGAAGAAGCACUAUACCCGUGCGCACAGAAAAAAUGCCGAAUGAUGCGCGCAAUUAAGGAUUCUCUUUCCUGGUCUGAGGAGAAGAAGCACUUUUUUCUGAAGGCCUGCACACAAAGAGCUAAAACAACUCUUAUAUACAGAAUAAUUAAAUACCUCACCCGGUCAGGAAACCCUAUACAUCAGGGAUACAUAGAGUACAGAGCAAUGAAGCCGCUUGAGAUUUGGAGUGCACAGAAGGAGCUAAAAGAUUUAAGUAUGUGUGCAGAUGGGCUGCAGGGUGUGGAAAUGCCAGAGGCACUGAAGAGUCUUUCUGUGUCCGCAAACACAAUUUGGAGCGAGCUCCUAGAAAAGAAGCAGGCAACGCCGCGUGGCAGAGUAUUUCUGCUAAGCAAAAAAGAGAAGAGGGCAAAAAAGCGUGCAAAAACAAGCUCUUUCCAAGCAUACUUAGAGAAAGACACAAUGCAGAUGUAUGAGGCCAUUAAUGCAAGGUACUAUAUGUUUCUAAACAAAGAAAACAGCACCCCCUUCGAAUUUCUCAACACUCUAAAAGAUACAUAUCAGACAGAGAAUAAACAGUCGUGCUUUUAUAAUUUUCGGGUUAAAAAGAAGUAA